GAGCGCACACCUGCCAUUCGCCGUGCGGUACUCCGGGCCCUCCCAGUUUUCCCCCUCUCCCUUCCAGUACCGGCGCCGCUGGCCGACUCCCGUGGCGACAACCUGAGACCGGAGCGCCAUAAUCCUCCGGAUUCGAGACACCGAGCGCACCGCGAACUUUAUCUGCUGUGUUUGGAGCUGAAAAUGAGUGAGGCGAAUACUACUCAGCUUGACCUUGAGAAAGGAUUUUCUCAAGUGUCUAAUGAUAAUGAUUCGAGUAGCCCUGCGACCAUGCACAAGAUGAAAGUUGAGACAGAAGAUGGUGGAAGUGAGAUUGAAUCACCCACUCCAGAAAAACGUGAAUCUAGAAGCAAAGGGGUCGUUGUGAGUUCACUGGCAAGGAAUUUGCUUGCAGAGAGGUACAGAGACAGAUUUUCAAAUCAGCUGGUGGAAGAUGAGGGUCAGACAGAUGAUGAAGACUAUAAUGGAAGUGUUUCGCCUAGUAGUAGCCAAUCACUUUUUUCAGAAAGCAUUGAACUGCUUGAUAAACACAAGGAUUUGCUGAGUCUUUUCAAUAGAAUGGAGAGUUCUAUUAGAUUGCUUCACCUGCGUAAGAAGAUGGCUACAUUUAAUAAUAUUGCCACCCAGGUGGAGAUUCUCACAAAAAGGAAGUUAUUAUACAGUCAUUUGGCCCAGAUGAAGCAUUUAUUCCCAGAAGCAAUCCAGAUAAAGAGGAUACUAGUACAUGAUGAGAAGAGCCUAUGCAUGUAUGCUGAUAUGGAAAUCACACUUUUAAUGGAUGUUGUGGAAUGCACAAGUCCUGAUCAGUCUCCAUCCAUGACAAUUUGUGAGGCUUUUUACUCAAAGCUAUUGAGUUUUUUGGAUGCUCAUCAUAAGGGUGCAGACAUUCCUGAGGCAAUCCUACCGGAACUCUUUAAUUCAAAGCCAAGGGAGAAGUUAUAUCUUGAGGCAGUACACAAUGGAUAUGCUGCUGAGUCACCUCUGCAGGGUGCCACUGAGGAGAGAUUCUUAAAUGCUUCCCACUUUCCACAAUCUUUUCGAAAACUCAUGUCGCAGAAAAUCAUUGCUGAUGGAAUUCAAAAGACUCAAUUGCUGUCUGAUCCAGCAGAUUUGAGUUCUGUGAUUGCUUAUGGUACAAAAGGGUCAAACGGAAACCCUAAAAAGGAAGAUGAACAUGCUCCAGUUCCAGGGAAGUAUGAAAUUUCUGCUACUCCAAGCCGCCAUUUGAUCUCUUGUUGUCAAGAGGGUACGCCAAAACAAGGGACCUCAGAGUCACCAUUGUUCUCUGGAACACCUGUAAUGCAGACACCAAAAAGGCAAUUGCCGACUUCACUUGACAAACCCAAGGCCACAUGUGGACACAUUAGUGAACCAUGUUCAGCCAGUUCUGCCCGCAGAUCACUAAAUACAUUGUUAAAGUUUGAAGUAGGAAGCCCUUAUUAUGAUGGAGUGGAACAUACGGAUACAACUAAAAAGGGCAUGAUCUCAGAAGACUCAUCGAAUUUUAACAAGUCAUUUGAGGAAGAUAGUCCUGUCUUAUUUAUUGAUAAAGACAAAAUCGACGAAGUAGACUCAGUGGAUAGCCAGGAAAAGAUAGCUUCGCUACAUACCACAUUUGACAUAGUCUGCGACAUUUCUCAUCCUACCAAGAAUUCACUUAUCACGAAACAGGAACUUUUCCAUAAUAUUCUUGCCAACAACUUGGAGAUAGAAGAAAUUGGGGAGAUAGAAGAGCAGCUGAAUAUUUUAGAGGAUCUGGCUCCUGAUUUGAUAUCAAAGAAGAUGAUAAAUGGAGGAGAAAUACUUUAUAGCAUCCAACCUAUAUCAGAUCAAAAUUCAGUUCGGGUUAGGCUUGUAGAACCUGUAUGAGAUAGCUACGGUUGGUUCAAAGCUGAAGAAAUUAUUUAUAUACCAGGUGAUGUCCACCAUUCCGACGUUCUGGUCGAGUCCCAGGGCGUCCCAAACCGCUGGCGAGGCGUCGACGAUGUUGUUGUCGCACGGCGGCUCAAAGUUGUGCUCGUCAUCGCAGCCAUGCACGGAGUCGCACUCGUCCACCACCUUGGCGUACACGGAGUUGCCGUUGGCGCUGAUCCUGAUUCGGUGCCCGCAGCGCGCCAUGUUGCUGAACCACCCCGUGGAGAGCGCCACCACCUUCUCCGAGUCGCUGUGGUACGCGUUGUCGCACUCCGACGGGCCGCCGCCGUCCUUGCCCUUCUCGAAGCUGUUGAGCGUCAGCACGGCCUUGGUGCUCGCCGUCACCGGCGGCGAGCAGUGGUACUGCGGAUACAUCUUGCCGUCCUCGCAGCAGUCCGGGUCGUUGCUCUUCUCGCAGUUGCCGGAGCGGCCCGGGAGGUAUCCGCUGGCGCGGCACGUGCCGAGGCCGGCGCCGGGGCGGAGGGAGGACGCCGUGUGGGAGGCGGAGAGCGCGACUAGGAAGAACAUGCCCAUGGCGGCUGUCCCUCUCGCAGUGGCCAUCUUUGCUUGCCUGAAGAAAUGAUCGAGCUCCUUGUCACUCUGCUGUGUUUGUGGUGCUCUGCUCUGCUUGAUGGUUUUGAGAUUAGUCGUGCAUGGGAUUAUAUAGUUGCAUUUCCCGCUUGCAUUGCUACAUUAGUAUGAACUUGCAUCGAUGCACAUGGCGUACGGAAUGGUUUGAGUGGAUGCCAUUUGCUCUGCAGCGGAAGCUAGUCUUUGAGUCGGGGGACUGUCAUGUUCUUUGACAGUAUUCCAAAUAAAAGAUGGUACCCAACGAUUUGGCACCGGUGUUUUCA